AAGGUCAUGGACCAACAAAAUGAAUCCAUCAUUACUGAAUUCAUUUUUCAGGGAUUCACAGACAAUCCCAAAAUGCAGCUUGUUCUUUUUAUGAUCUUCCUCUCGGUUUAUGCCAUCACUGUGUUUGGGAAUCUCGGGAUGAUUCUGCUGAUUUGCACUCAAUCCCAGCUCCACAAACCCAUGUAUUACUUCCUGGGCAACCUCUCCUUUGUGGAUCUCUGCUGUUCCUCAACCAUUGCUCCUAAAAUGCUGUCUGACUUAUUAAGUGCAACUAAAAGGAUUUCUUACAGUGCCUGUGCUACCCAGCUCUUUCUAUUUGAUAUGCUUGCAGAUUCAGAGUGCUUUUUAUUGGCGCUGAUGGCAUAUGAUAGAUAUGUUGCCAUCUGUAAUCCACUUCUCUAUUCAAAUGUAAUGUCGAAAAAACUCUGCCAGCAACUGAUCACUAUUGUGUACUCUAUAGCUCUCCUAGAUUCAAUGAUACAAACAUCCUGUACAUUCCGACUAUCUUUCUGCAGCUCUAAUAUUAUCAAUCACUUCUUCUGUGAUGAACCUCCACUUCUCAUACUCUCCUGUUCUGAGACAUAUGUUAAUGAGAUUCUGCUAUUUACCAUUGAUGGCUUCUUUGAAGCAAGCAGCAUUGGUAUGAUUCUUGUUUCCUAUGUCUAUAUUUUGGCUACCAUCCUGAGAAUGCGCUCCUCUGAGGGCAGGCACAAGGCGUUUUCCACCUGUGCUUCUCACCUGACAGCUGUCGGGAUAUUCCAUGGAACACUUCUCUAUAUGUACUUCCGACCGAGUUCCAGUUAUUCCAUGGACCAAGACAAAUGGGCCUCAUUGUUCUACACAGUUGUCAUCCCCAUGCUCAACCCUCUGAUCUACAGCCUGAGGAACAAGGAGGUGAAAUACACUCUGACAAAAUCAGUGGGCAAUGUAUGGCUUUGGAAAGGGAAAAACUUUGUUUUAUUAUAA